AUGAACAACAUCAUUUCCACAACAUGUUUCUUCCUUCUCCUUCUUCCAUUAGCCUCAUGCACCAAAAACAACAAACAGAUUUACCUUGUUGAAUUUGGAGAAAACACUAAUGAAGAUAGAACACUGCAUGAAAUAGAGAAUACACAUCACUCUUAUUUGCUUUUGGUGAAAGAAACUGAGGAAGACGCUAAAACUUCACAUCUUUAUAGCUACAAGCACACUUUCAAUGGCUUUGCAGCAUUACUUACACCAAAUGAAGCCAAUAAUCUCUCAGGAAUGGAAGGAGUGGUGUCUGUGAGAAAAAGUGAGACAAAGAUGUACUCAUUGCAUACCACAAGGUCAUGGAAGUUUGUAGGGUUAGAUAGGUCAUUUGAUCCCUUUGAAGAAAAAUCCAAUGAAACAAAUGGAGAAUUAUUGGCCAAAGGAAAAUAUGGACAAGAUAUUAUAGUAGGAAUGAUUGAUAAUGGUGUAUGGCCAGACUCAAAGAGCUUCAGUGAUGAAGGAAUGGGUCCUGUUCCACAAAAAUGGAAAGGAGUGUGCCAAAAUGGAACUGAAUUUGAUUCAUCUAAUUGCAAUAGAAAGAUAAUUGGAGCAAGGUACUACUUGCAAGGUUAUGAAAGUAUCUAUGGUCCUUUAAACGAAACAGACGAUUACAAAUCAGCUCGCGACAAAGACGGCCACGGAACACACACGUCAUCAAUAGUAGCAGGGCGAGCGGUUUCAAAUGCGUCAGCACUUGGAGGCUUCGCCCGUGGCACAGCCAUUGGCGGAGCCCCAUUAGCUCGCCUUGCAAUAUACAAAGCAUGUUGGGCGAUAAAAGGAAAGCCGAAAAACGAAGGAAACGUUUGCACGAACGUCGAUAUGCUUAAAGCUAUAGACGAUGCAAUUGAGGAUGGUGUUGAUGUUAUAAGUAUAUCGAUCGGGUUUCCUGAGCCAAUUAAAUAUGAUGAUGAUGUUAUUGCUAAGAGUUCUUUACAAGCUGUAAGGAAAAACAUUGUUGUUGUUUGUAGUGCUGGAAAUGCUGGUCCUGGUCCUCGUAGUUUGUCGAAUCCUGCUCCUUGGAUUAUUACUGUUGGCGCGAGUACCGUUGAUCGUUCCUUUGUUGCUCCUAUUAAGCUUAGCAAUGGCACAAUCAUUGAGGGUAGAUCAAUUACUCCACUCCAUAAAGAAAACAUCUUCCGUCCAUUAGUUCUAGCUAGUGAAGUUGAAUAUGGAGGCAUAACAAGUGCAAAUUCUUCAGGGUAUUGUCUAGAGAAUACUCUUGAUCCUAUCAAAGUAAAAGGGAAGAUAGUUUUGUGUAUGAGAGGAAUAGGUGGAAGAUUGAAAAAAGGGUUGGAAGUUGAAAGAGCUGGUGGUUUUGGUUUCAUACUUGGGAACAAUAAAGCUUAUGCAAAUGAUUUAGCUUCUGAUCUUCAUUUCAUUCCAGCCACUGCAGUUACCUAUGAGGAUACCUUAAAGCUUGUUCAAUAUAUUAAUUCUACCGUUAAUCCAAUGGCACAGCUUUUGCCUGGAACAACUGUGUUAGAUGCCAAACCAGCACCCUCUAUGGCCUUGUUCUCUAGUAGAGGUCCUAAUAUAAUUGACCCUAAUAUUCUAAAGCCUGACAUAACAGCUCCAGGAGUAGACAUAUUGGCAGCAUGGACAGGUGAAGAUGGACCUACAAGAAUGAACGAUCGCGAUAAACGAGUUGUUGAGUACAAUAUCUUUUCAGGAACAUCAAUGUCUUGUCCUCAUGUUUCUGCUGCAUCUGUUCUUCUCAAAGCCAUGCACCCUACUUGGAGUCCUGCGGCUAUAAGGUCUGCCCUAAUGACUUCAGCAAAAACAACAGACAAUACAGGAAACACAAUAACAGAUGAAACAGGAAACCCUACAACACCAUUUGCAAUGGGUUCUGGUCACUUCAACCCUAAAAAAGCAUCAAAUCCAGGACUCAUUUACGACGCAUCCUUCACUGAUUACCUUCUUUACCUUUGUAAUCUCAAAUUAACACAAAACAUAAGCAUCACAUACACCUGUCCAAAUCCAUUACCUCAACCAUUUGAUCUCAAUUAUCCAUCAAUACAAAUCCAUAAACUCAAUCACACUAAGACUAUAACAAGAACAGUGACCAAUGUUGGUGGAAGCAAAAGUGUUUACAAGUUUAUUUCUAAGGCACCAAAGGAAUUUACCAUAAAAGCCACUCCAAGUGUUUUGAGAUUUACACAUGUUGGACAGAAAAGGAAUUUUGUCAUCACAGUGACUGAAAAUAGAGAUGAGUUACUAAGUGAAAGUGAUUCUGAGAAGUACUUUUUUGGAUGGUAUAGUUGGACUGACAAAUAUCAUGUUGUGAAUAGUCCAGUGGCAGUGUCUUUUCAAUAA